GUACCUAUAUAUGUCAGAAGAAAAUAAAAAAGGAGUCAGUCAAUAGAGAAAACUAAACUUUAUUUUAAUUGAUUUCUUAGUUUUUCCACAAUUGGUAAAUAAAGGAGUGAUCAUGUCCAACGUGAACACGGGCCAACUUUUAAAUUUCCAAGACUAUUCUCCUGAGCACAAUGAUCGAAGUGCAAGGAUCGACGUGGAAGCAGUCCAUACCAAUCAAUACAAUAGUGCUAUGUCCAACCCUAACUACGAUUUUGGGCCGGGAGAACCAAAGAUUGAAGAAGAAGAACCCGUUAAACCACAAGGCAAUCACAAUUUCUGGACCAUAGAGUACUACCAAAAGUACUUUGACGUGCAGACAAGUGAAGUGGUGGAAAGGAUAAUAUCUUCUGUACUGCCUCAGAAGGUGUCUGCCAAUUUUUUUGAUGAGAGAAUCAAGGGAAAACCUGAUUUGUAUGGCCCAAUAUGGAUAUCGGUGACUUUGAUUUUCACAAUUGCAGUGAGUGGCAAUAUAGCCGGUUACUUGCAAAAUGCGAACAAGGCUGUACACUGGCGCUAUGACUUCCACCUAGUUUCGUACGCGGCCACAGCUAUCAUAUGCUAUGUGUGGGUGGUGCCACUCGUUCUGUGGACCGCUCUGAAGUGGUCCAUACCUCCAGCUGGCCAGGAUGAAAUUGAGAAUCAGCAAUCGCCAACUCCAACCAUGAUGUCUCUAUUCUGCCUCUACGGGUACUCCCUAGCGAUCUACAUUCCAGUAGCUGUCCUGUGGACAAUCCAAGUGUCCUGGCUUCAGUGGAUGUUCGUCAUGGUUGCCGCUUUCGUCUCCGGAGCCGUUCUAAUUUUCUGGCUCAUGCCAGCCCUGAGAAAGUCGAAGUACUUCCCAAUUUUAAUAGGGUGUAUACUUGGCAUCCACUUUCUGUUGGCAACAGGUUUCAUGCUGUACUUUUUCCACACACCUAGUUCUAGUACGGUGGCGCCAACGGCUUUGAAAGUGAGUAGUACAACAAUAUCUGCAUAAUACGUGGCUGUAAUUGUCAACAUUAGCAUUUAUUUUAUUACAUAGUAAAUAGGCACAAUCUAAUUGGCUACUUGAAUGGGUAAAAAAAUACAUAUAUAAAAAUACAUAUAUAAAAAUACAUAUAUAAAAAUACAUAUAUAAUACAUAUGUAAAUAUACAUAAUACAAUAAUUAAAUGUUACUUGCUAAGUUUUAUUAAUUACGUAAUUUACUAAUUGUUUGUUCUUAAAGUAUAUUAGGAAUGCAUUUUGACUCAAAAUCUGUGACGUCACAAUACACCACUGUCUAAUUAAAAAAAAAAACUAAUUCGAAAAUAAUCUAGAUUUGACUAGUUGGAAAGUAGCCAAUUGUAAAGUGAUUUUAUUUUAGAUAAGUAAUUAAUUAUUAAUUUAAAAAUUUGAAUCGUGUUUUAGUUUUCCAAAUCGUAGGUAGUCAGGUUUUGAAAUUUAAAUAAUGAAUUAUUUUGUUACCUCAAAAUUUUCUUUUUGAAAAGCCUCUAGACAUUCCCGAUUUUAUAAAAAAAAAAAGAAUUAUGUUUUGAUGUAAGUAUUGUUAAUUUAAUAAAAGUAAUAUUAUAUUAAAA